AAAACAAAAAAAAAAAAAAAAUAUUACAUUUUUUCAAAAAUACAAAAAAAAAAAAUUCUUUAAAAAAAUGGAUCGUACUGCGUCUCUUGUGCCUCAUAACACAUUUGAAUUUUAUUUGCCUUUACCAAAUGAUACACGUAUUUACCGGGUUACGUAUAAGGCAUUAUAUUUAUUUGAAGUCGCUCAACUCUUGAAUAAAAAUAUUAAUUUAUCUCAUAUUCCUGAUUAUGAGUUUCCACAUCAUUACAAUAUACAAUCAUUAAUUAAACAACGAUUUGGACCUCAAUUUAUCCAACCACCUUACGUACCUUCUGCGCCAUCUUCUGCGCCAUCUUCUGCGCCUCAAACCACAUUUGAAUUUUAUUUGUCGAAUGAUUUAUUUAUCUACCAUAUUACCUAUACUGAAUUACAUCCAUUUGAAAUAGCUCAACUUUUAAAUAACAACAAUAAUAAUAAUUUUUAUUGUUAUAAUUCCCAAUCUUUAAUUGAACCACUCGUUGAAUUUCAGAAUUAUCAAAAUAGCAUUCAACAACAAAUUUUUGAUGACAUGAGUAUUCAAGAUUAUAAUAUUCAUAGCGCGAAUUCUGAUUCUGAAGAUAUGCAAGGUACGGAAUAUGUUGGAUAUGCGGAAUAUGAUGAAACUGCACCGACUCAACCCGAUUAUUGAAUUGUUGUUAUCGAUUUCUUAUUAUGUAUUUUUUUUAUGUAUUUGUUUUUUUUUUUCAUUUUAAGUUAAUCCUAAGUUAUGGUUUAGUUUCCAUUUUAGGUCUUUUAUUUUUAUGGCUAAUCUAUGUAUUUAUAUGGUUAUUAAUAAAGAUUUUUAAUUUUUGAAAUCAUCAUAUAUUUUUU